AUGGCGAGUGACUGGCUUGUACUGAAUGUAGACAAUGCUGAUUGUGUAACUAGCUUGAAUUGUUCCGUUUGCAAAACCUACGCCGACCGUUUAAAAGGCAUGAAAAAUUUUUCCAUUGCUUGGGCAUUUACAGGUUCGACAAACCUCCGGUUAAGCAAUGCGGAAGACCAUGCACGCGGAGAACCUCAUAAGAAAGCAAUGGACCUGUAUCUAAGUGAGAAAGGACUAAAUGCCAUGGACAGAGAAGUGAUUCAGUUUAUGGAAAAAAGUAUUCCCGGACAACAAAACAUUGCCCUUGGUAUUGCCAACAUGCAAGCCAAUGAUUUUGCUAAGACAAAAAAAAAAUUCGAAGUUGCAUACUUCAUUGCAAAAGAAGAACUUCCAUUGAAAAAGUUUCCCAAACUUUUAAAGCUAGAAGAAAAGCAUGGCGUUGAGAUCGGCAACUCCUAUCGCAGCGAUAAGAGCUGUAACAUUUUUAUUAAUCACAUAGCCCAGGAUUUUGGAAAAAAACUUCAGGAGAAAUUACUCAAUGUAAAAUUUUUCAGUGUCUUGUCAGAUGGCUCAGAGGACGCGUCUACAACUGAAAAGGAAGCCAUAUUUGUGCAGCAUUUAGACAAAAAACCUCCAGGUCGAGAUACAGUUCAAGUAGUUACAUCAUUCCUUAACUUGGCGGAUUUAAAACACGGUAAUGCCGCUGGGAUUUUAGACGCUAUAAGAAGCAGUUUUAAGAACAUAGACAUCGAUGAUGAAACCUUCAAUAAGAAGUUAAUAGGGUUCGCUGCUGACGGUGCUAGCGUAAACCGAGGGGAUAAGAAUGGAGUCAUCAGCAUCCUCAAAAAUAGCCAUCCGUGGGCGAUUUAUGUCUGGUGUGUCGCUCAUAGACUAGAGCUUGCUCUCAAAGAUGCGCUACAGGGUACGUCUUUUGAUGACGUCGAUCAAGUGCUGUUGCGUCUCUAUUACCUCUACGAAAAUUCCUCCAAGAAAUUGAGACAGUUGCGUGAGUUACAUGGCAUUUAUCGCGAGACAUUUGAAUUUGAAGAAGGAGGGGUACGACCAAAACGAGCAUCUGGUAAGUUUAUUCAUGGUUUCAUUAUUUAUUUCCUUUGGAAUAAACUUCUAAUAUUUACUUCCUUUGAUAUAAACUUCUUAUAUACGCGUAUUCACAGGGACACGCUGGAUAACGCAGCAUCUUCAAAACAUGCAGCAUCUAACAUGCAGCAUCUUCAAAACAUGUCAGAAGAUACGUCCUUCAAAGCUGCUGAUCGCCAGAAAUUCAAAGGGUGGUUAAAUAAGUGGCAGUAUGCACGAAUACCGCUCCUGGCAUGUCUCUUCAUCGAAAUCCUCAGCCCUGCAAAGGUGUUGUCACUAGCAUUCCAAGAUGAAGAUAUUGAUACAGUUGCCUCACUGUCACGACUGGAAAAAGCUAAAAAGCAGUUUAUACGCAUCAAGAAGAAAGAAUUUGAAGAUCUUCCGACCGUUUCACGCUUUCUUGACAAAGUCGAAGAGUCAAAUGAAGCAUUUUUGUACCAAAAUGUUGUUCUGAAGUCCUUUGAAGAUGCAAAGGAGUCUGCAGGAAAAUUGAAGAAUAUAUUAUUGGCCAAAGUCAAGCAAGCCGUGGAAGCAAGGUUGGAGGUUGCAGAGAAUAGACUGGUCAUCUUUGCUUGUACCGUUCUAAAUACUGAAGGGUGGGAAAGAAUGGAUGAAGAGGGCAAAAAGGAUCUUCUAUUCGCAGAUGAAUGCGUGGCAGAACUCUAUACCCACUUCCAGAAACCCCUUUCAAAUGCUGGCUUAGAUGGGUCCUUGAGUGAUUUGCUGGAGCAGUGGCACAGUGUAAUCGAAUACACAACACGCUAUCUCAGCCCCUCGACAGCACCUUACCUACGUGUAUGGAGACGAAUCUUUGAUUCAAGUCGGAGCGAAGAAGAAAGUGCAGAGUCCGAGGAAGAAGAGGAGGGUUUGAUCACCAAGUUCACCAAUCCGAGAUAG